AAAAAAUUCAGAUCAACAGUUCAAUGUUAAAACGACUGGCGAGAGGCCGAGCAGCAUGCACAAAAAGCACUUCACACUGCCUACCUAUUUGUAAUUUCAAGACACAUAAUGGAGCAGCCACAUGAAGAAACUGAUCGAAAUGGAUCAAUGCUACAGGAAGAGAGUCUAUUAAAAACACCAGCACCAAAACCACCUUCACUAUGGCUUUCAAAACGACUCCUGGUUGUUAUUUUCAUGUUCCUAUGUUACCUGAAUACAACUUUCAUACGAUUCAAUAUCAGUAUUGCGGUGGUAGAGAUGACUUCGAGCAAAAAAAUUGGAAAUAGUAAUCUAACUACAACUAGACCUCCAGAAUUCGACUGGGAUUCGAGAACUGUUGGAUCAGUUUUGAGCAUGUUCUACUAUGGAGGAUUAAUAUCAUUCAUGGGUGGAUACAUAGUGUCCAAACUAGGAGGAGCAACCAGCUGUGCUUUAUUCCUAAUGCUAUCUGGGUUUACAACUGCACUUCAUCCGAUCACCUUACACCACAAUUUUUACUUAUUCUUGGCGAUUCGUUUUCUCACAGGCGUGUUUGAGAAUCUCAUCAUCAUCAGUAUGUCUGAGGUAUCUUCUAAAUGGAUAGUGAAAAAUGAAAGAUCAAAGUUGACAUCAUACAGUAUAAGUGGACUUCGAGUGGGUAUGGCCAUUGUACACGGAUUUUGCGGAUAUUUGGCCCAGGGAUGGGGCUGGCCAAUGAUAUUUUACGCCACAGGUGCUAUUUCUCUGAUUACAUCAUUAUGUUGUUUCAUUGCUAUGAAAAAUCAACCUUCGGAAGACAAAUGGAUUUCUGAUGCCGAGCUAAAAUACAUCGAAUCUCAACAGGAAAACAUUACAACUAGUUCGCGAAAAAAUGUUAAACAUCCAUACAAAAAUAUGCUAUUAUCAGCUGCAAUUUGGGCCUUGUUUGUGGUUAGGUUCACUCACGGGUGGGUGGUAACCAUCGUAAUCACUUUUCUGCCUUUGUAUUUCAACGACACAACUGUGGAAAGUAUUGAAAAAAUAGGAAUAUUUUCUUCGGUUCCCAACGCAGUCAGUAUUUUCAUCAUACCAAUUUGUGGGAUAUUACUCGACUACAGCAGAAAAAUCAAUAUACCAAUAACACUGAUGCACAAAAUUGUGAUUGGUGGUUCAUUUGCUAUCUGCAGCGCUCUAUUCUUGAGUAGUGUGAUCAUUUCCAAUUUCAUUGUGUCGAUGAUUGCUUUCAGUCUGAUACAGAUGUUUUCAGGCAUCAUUAUUCUGAUCAUGCAAAUAAUCAUCAUCAGUGUAGCUCCAAACAGUAGCGGAGCUGUGGCUGGACUAGUUAAUUUCGUUUCUUCAAUGAGUUGUAUUUUAGCACGAGAAACGACAGGAUACAUGACGACCAACCGAAGUAUGGAAGAGUGGGAUAAUUGUUUCAUUUUGUCAAGCGCGAUACUUAUGCUAAGUGCUGUGAUAUUUGCAUUUUACGGAUCGAGCGAAGCUCAAUCCUGGUCAAAGUCGCCAAGUUCGGAUGAUCUCGCUCACGAAAAUCAGACCAAAAAAUCACUUCGCAGAACAUAAUUCAUCAUUUUACCAUCGAUUGUUCCAUCUUUAAAUACAAGCCCAAUUCAAAAUAAUACAUUUUUUAAAAUUUUUUAAAAGUUGUUCGCAAAAAAUUGUAAAACUGAUAAACAAAUAGGUAAAAUAUUUACGACGGUCGAAUCCUAAACACCUUCAAAGUUUUACCUGUACCUUGACCUAGGUACUCGAAAAAAUCAACUGCGCAACAUUAAAAAAAAUAAAUCUUUUUACGAGC